AUGGUUGAGAAACCCAAGGACCCGGAGAAGAGCUAUAUAACCGAAGAAGAUACAGCCAAUCUCUUACAUAGGUACCAGGCAGCGAAUGUGUUGCACUUGCUGCAGGAAGUGGCGCACUCGCAGGACGUAAAGAUAGAUUGGAAUCGAUUGGUGGAGAAGACUUCAACUGGAAUUUCCAAUGCCAGAGAGUAUCAGAUGCUUUGGCGCCAUUUAGCUUAUAGUGAAGCUUUUGUUGACAACUUCGACAAGGGGGCUCAACCCGUGGAUGAUGACAGCGAUUUAGAACAUGAAUUGGAAGCUUUUCCUGCUGUUAGUGGUGAAGAUUCAACAGAAGCUGCAGCAUGUGUGAAGGUUCUAAUGGCCUCUGGCUUACCAAGUGACUCAACUCAUCGCAGUGGUGCAACAGUUGAGGCUCCAUUGACCAUAAAUAUACCCAAUGGCCAGCCAUCUAGAACUCAUCAAAAUUCACAACCACCUUGUUCAAUGCAAGGGAUGAACAUUACAGUUCCGGUUUCUGUUCAGAAACAGCCCCUCCUUGCAAUGACAACGUCUACAGGGGCAACUGCUGAAGGAGGUGAUGCAAAUGGAUCAGCUAGCAAUAACAUGGCUCCUCGGAAGAAAAGAAAAAAGUGGUCUGAGGCUGAGGAUUUGGAACUGAUUGCUGGUGUGCGGAGAUAUGGUGAAGGAAAUUGGGCAAAUAUCUUAAGAGGAGAUUUCAAAGGGGAGAGAACUGCUAAUCAGCUAUCUCAGAGGUGGAAAUAUAUUAGGAAGCAUCAUCAUCAAGACUUGAAUGUGGGAGGCAACUCUAGUAAUAAACUUUCAGAAGCACAGUUGGCAACUCGCCAUGCAAUGUCGUUAGCCCUGAAUAUGCCAAGCAUAACAGCUAACACGAUUGGCACAGCUGGGACAAAUACACACAGUAAAUUUGGUGGAACAAAUGCAACUACCAACUCUGUGCCUAGCACUGCUGCUGAAGAAGAACUGCAGUCUCAACAAGGCCUUAAACCAGCAAAGCCAUAUCAAAUGGGAUUAUUGGGUUCAACAUCAAAAUCUCAAUUAACCUCCAAGAAAACCUUGACAAAGCCUAAUUCCAAUACUGAUGGUAUGGUAAGAGCCACUGCGGUUGCUGCUGGGGCACGGAUUGCUUCUCCUUCAGAUGCUGCAUCACUGCUCAAGGCUGCUCAGGCAAAGAAUGCUGUCCAUGUCUUGCCUACAGGUGGUUCUUCUAUCCAAUCGUCCUUACCUGGUAGCAUGCGUACACACCCAGAGCCUCAUCCUAAUUUACAUUACAUGCAUACGGGUUUGGCUGCUACGCCAGUUUCUACCCCUCCAUCCACUGCUGUCACUCCCAGUGCCACACACCCUGGGUCUUUAAAAGCUCUCCCUCAGACGAGUCAGCACGCUCCAACUAAUAGCACCUUGCUAUCCAAACAGAUCAAGGAUGUUAGCUGUAGUCUGGAUUCUGAGCUGGGCUGCACUGCAACAGAGCAGGUCCAAGAUGGAGCAGUUAUCUCUGAGAAUGGACAGAAUGAAGAAGGUCAAAAGGAUAAAGUGGAUUCACCUGACCAGAAAGCUGAGUUAAAAAAUUUAUCAACUAGUGCUGAGAAUCUCGUUGGUUCGUUGGACAUCAAAGGAGAUGACACUGAUAAUAUAGCUGGCAUAGGUGUACAAUCUGAAGAGAGACAAAGUGCAAAAGAUAAUGAGGCUUUGUGUUCACUCAAAGGCGAUGAUCCAUUUGCAGCUGACAGUUGUGAAAACCAAAGUGCAAGUGAGCAGCAGAUAGGUCUUGUGAGCAUUGUAGGAGAUGGAUGCAAUGGAAAACAGGUUUUAGGCAAAGAGGAGACUGGUAUUAAAAUCUAA